CUGGAGGUGAGGGAGUGCACACACGGUGGAUGGUUGACCAUAGGUCUAUAAUUCACGUGUUCCUGAGCAGUUCACCCAGACAAAGAUGUGAUCCACAUCAAACUAGCACCCGGGUACCUAUUUUCUGCUAGGAGAACUAGGGUAUGUGUGUGUUGACGUACCCACUUCUCUACCUACCCCAGGAUUCAACCCUGCCUGUCUGUUGUGAGCCAACGUCACUUGGUACCAUUUAGCCCGCAGCUGCCCUAUGUAGUGAUCACUAUUUCAGAGUUCAGUAUGUUUUCGCUGCUGCGUCUGCUGGUGGUAAUGCUGGCAGUGAUGCUGGCGGUGGUGAACCCUGGAAGAGCAGACCUGGAAGUGUUACCAGGUGCUGACACUGUUGUCAUCCCUGGAACAACACUACCAUAUCUUCUUAUCCAGCAUGAUGACAAUUAUCCAGAUGGAGAAACAUGGCACUCAGCCUUCAACACAAGUUCUGCUGGCCAGGAAUUACAAGAGUCAACAUUCAGUGGUGGCAAUACUGAUGGUAGCACCACUUACAAUACCCUAAAAAUCACUACUACAACUGAAGAAGAACUGCCAAUACCCGAGCCACUGAUCCACCACUGGCACAGAGGUCACGACUUGCUGCCACAGGGGUAUAUUAAUCGACACCAUGUAGUUAGCCCUAGGAAUAAUGGUGUAAGUUAUUUUCCUAAUUUAAGGGGAAUCCCUCGGCUUUCAUUACCAUACAAUCCACCAAAUGUUGGGCAACGCCAGAUUAAUCGUUUUCCAAACCAAGACUAUACCAACCAUGCUUCUAGUUACAUUCAAAAUCAAAAGGUAAAUCAGCAAAGCUUAACCCCAAUAGCACCAGCAAUGAACACAAGAGUAACAAAUAGUCUUGCCCAAAACCCAUUUUCUCCCUUACACAACAACCCACACCCCAUUCCUAACACAGAACCCUUCCCCAAACCUCCAAAUAUACACCAACAAUUAGGACGGCAAGAUUUGCAACUAGACAAGUUUAGAGUACUUUCUAGUAAUCAGCAUCAGCCUUACAAGAGUGACCCAGGCACUGAAUUAUCCAUUCAUGACCUGACUAGUAUAUUCUACAAAGAAAACAAAACUCCUUUACAUUCUUCAGUUUUUCAUGCUUUGCCUAAUCACAAUACAGAUGGGAUAAACAAUAGAGUUAAUAAAGCAGUAAAUAAUAUACAUACUAAGAACUACAGGACUCCAAUUUCUUCAGAAACUCCACUAUCUCUUAAUAGCAACAACAGGAGACAGAGUGAGAGCACUUAUGCAAGAACACCUCUAAAACCAUACUAUCCAGCAAUAACCAGAGACAAAACACUUUAUAGUAGCAUUCAGAGAAGUCAUUUGCAUUACCCUCCAAGUGUGUCCUAUGGGGAGCCAUACUUCAGCCGUGGCCCUCUAAUUGCUCGUCAACAUGACCAUGAACACUAUUUUAACAAGAUCACACAUUAUAAACCCAAUAUUUAUAACAGAAACAAUCAGCUCAGCAUGCAAAUAGACAAGAACAUUUACCAAGCAAGACCAAACACGAGACAAUUUUCCCAAAGUCAAAACUUCAAUGAUCUGUUACAUCAAAAUAUGAACCAUAAUUCUUUGAAGAGCAUAGCAAGGCUUAAUUAUGCCAAGUUGCCCAGUGGUUACGAAUCACCUACAUCAACAUUUGAAGUGUUGGUCAAUAAGGAACAAGAGAGCAUUCAUAAUCAUACAUUAAGCACACGCAGUUUAGAAAAAACUGAGAGGCACAAUUUUCCCACUCGAUUCAAUGGCCACAGUGGCCCUUUUGUCAUGAACUGAUAUCCAUGGUUGAUGCAUGCAUCUACCUAUCUGAAAAUAUUGAGAGAUUUUUAAUUUGAUGGAACCCUCAUAUAUACACAAUACAUGCAGCAUUCAGUAAUGCUAAUAAACGUAAUUUAGGAAGCAGUGUUAGAAGCGGAGUCUUGAAUCCACACAUGCACACAAAUAGAGAUUGAACAAUGGAAUAAGUGUAACAAGAACUGGAAUGUCUUUUCUUUAAAAUUAUACAAUGAAGUUGGGACACCAAAACCAUGACUGUUCCUGUAACGAUGGAAGAUUCAUUAUUUCAGCAUUCUACAAUGUGUGUACAAAGAUGGGUGCAUGCAAAAAGCCCAUUAGUAUGCAGAGCAUUGUAUAGCUACAAAUUGGUAAUAAAAAAUAGGUACACCAUAAUCUCUCACAAAAAGGGGGCUGCAAAAUAAAG